AUGUCAAAGGCCUUCGAUUUGGUGGUCAUUGGUGGCGGUUCGGGAGGUCUCGAGGCAGGCUGGAAUGCAGCAGCCAUCUACAAGAAGCGUGUUGCUGUGAUUGAUGUACAGGCAGUGCACGGACCUCCAUUCUUCUCCGCAUUGGGUGGCACAUGUGUCAACGUUGGUUGUGUACCCAAGAAGUUGAUGGUGACCGGCGCGCAGUAUAUGGAGCACCUCCGCGAGUCGGCCGGAUUCGGAUGGGAGUUUAAUCGGGAGAGCGUCAAGGCCAACUGGAAAAAACUCAUUGCGGCGAAGGACGAGGCAGUGCUGGAUAUCAAUAAAAGCUACGACGGCAUGUUUAAGGACACGGAGGGUCUCGAGUUCUUUGUGGGAUGGGGCUCAUUGGAAUCGAAAAAUGUGGUUGUUGUUCGUGAAAGCGCCGAUCCUGACAGUGCUGUUAAGGAGCGGCUGGAGGCGUCCCAUAUUCUCCUGGCAACAGGAUCAUGGCCGCAAAUGCCGCGCAUUCCUGGUAUCGAGCACUGUAUCAGCAGCAACGAGGCUUUCUACCUGCCGGAACCACCUCGCCGUGCACUGACUGUCGGUGGUGGCUUUAUCUCUGUCGAGUUCGCCGGCAUCUUCAAUGCUUACAAGCCUGCCGAUGGCAAAGUGACGCUGUGCUACCGCCGCGACUUGAUCCUGCGUGGUUUUGAUAACACGUUGCGCGAGGAGCUCACGAAGCAGCUCACUGCCAAUGGUAUUGACAUCUGGACCAAAGAGAACCCUGCAAAGGUGGAGCUGAACCCUGAUGGCAGCAAGCACGUCACAUUUGAGAGUGGCAAAACGCUCGACGUCGAUGUGGUUAUGAUGGCAAUUGGCCGUCUUCCACGCACUGACAACCUUCAGUUGGAGAAGGCCGGUGUGGCGCUCGGGAAGAACGGCGCUGUGCAGGUGGACGAGCACUCCCGUACGAACAUUUCGAACAUCUACGCCAUUGGUGACGUCACGAAUCGUCUCAUGCUGACGCCAGUGGCCAUUAACGAAGGCAGCGCUCUUAUUGACACCAUCUUUGGCGACAAGACGCGCAAAACAGACCAUACCCGUGUGGCGAGCGCCGUUUUCUCGAUCCCGCCCAUUGGCACCUGUGGCCUCACUGAGGAGGUUGCGGCGCAGCAGUAUGAGAAGGUGGGGGUGUACGUUUCGAGCUUCACACCGCUCAUGCACAAUAUCAGCGGGUCAAAGUACAAGAAGUUCGUGGCCAAGAUUAUUACAGACUAUGGCAACGGCAAAGUGCUCGGGGUACAUCUUCUUGGAGACAGCGCGCCGGAGAUUAUCCAGGGAGUGGGUGUGUGCCUAAGAUUGGAUGCGACAAUCAGUGACUUCUACAACACCAUUGGUGUGCAUCCCACAAGCGCUGAGGAGCUGUGCUCUAUGCGCACGCCGUCUCAUGUUUACUGUAAGGGAAAGAAAAUGGAAUCGCCGCCUGAGGCCAGUCUAUAG